UCCUCAGCUUCCUAAGUACCUGGGACUACAGGCACAUGCCACUACAAUGGCCUAAUUAGAAGAGUUUAAAUAAGUAAGUGGCACGAAGAAUUUUUUUUAAGAGCAUUAUGCCUAUCUGCCUACAAUGUAGUGACUGCAUGUGGGAAGACCAGUUAGGACAACAGUGACAACAGUAGUCCAAAGAGAGGAUGAGAGCCAAGAUUCAGGAUGGAGGAAGUGAAUGGAUGCAAAGAUAGUCCACAACUAAAAUCCAUAGGUCUUGGUUGAUGAAUUGGAUGUGGACUGGUGGUAAGGAGAAGGGAUUUAUCAAGGAAGACUCUUUAAGUUUUUGGCUUAAAAGCUAGAAGGAUGGUUCUACCAUAUUCUGAGAUACAGAGUAUUGAGGACUAAGUUUUUCAGGGGAAGUAGGAAGAGGAUCAUGCACCCAUUUGAUGCGCCACUGGCACAUCAAGGAGAGAUGCCAAGUAGCAGGACAUGUAGGUUGGGGCCACAGACAUAAUUUGAGUAAUGAAUAUAUAAUCUUUGAAGUCCUGGAUGUGAGUGAGAUGGGGCUGAGGGGGGAGUCCAGAGGAGCUGAGAACAGGGCUUUGAUGAACUCCAGCAUGUAAAGGCAGGUGGAAGAGGAUGAACUGGCAGAGGAGAAGACACUGAGAAAGAUGAGGAAGGAAGGAACCAGAAGAGUGCAGUCCUUCUGGUCCUUCUGAACCAUGCACUUGGUCACAGCCCUCCCUUGUGCUAUUAGCCCCUCCUCCCCUGAUGAAGUUCAGUCUCCAGAGCAUGGCCUACAAGGCCCAUCAUAAGGCAGCCCCAAUAAACUUUGAUCAUUUAUUUCCUUCUUCACUCCCCAUCUCCGAUAUCCUAGAAUUCAGACACUGCUCACUUCAACACUAACCUCCAGACUUUGUACAUGCAUCAAAUGUUAUUUCCCUUUCUUCUUUUUUUAAAAAGUCCAAUGUCACCUCUUGUACAAAGUCUUCGGAAGAGUUAGUCACCUCCAAAUAAUUUCACUCACAUAUUUUUAAGACAAUAUUUAGCACACUGUAAUAUACUGUGCUGUGCUGGCCAGUGGCUUAAGCUUAUUUGGGCUGGGUUUCCUAUCUUAUAUGUUGUUUCCUAAAACUAAGCACGAUCUUAGAAGAUUGUGUUUGCUAAAUAAAUUAAUGUAUGAUAAUUAUAUCUUUUCUUUGAUUGACAAAAUUAAGGCAAAAUCAGUCUAGAUUAAGCUGGCAUUGACUGCUCCCAAGAGGACAUUUGGCAAUAUCUGAAGACAUUUUUAGUUGUCACAGCUGGGAGAGGUGCUACUGGCAUCUCGUAGGUAGGGGCUAGGGAUGCUGCUGAACAUCCUACAAUGUAUAGAUGGCCCCUGCAAUAAAGAAUUAUCUGGCCCAAAAAGUCCAUGACGCUGAGGCUGAGAAACCCAGUUUUGGUUUGCCACCUUAAAUGCUCUUCUAUUUAUACUGUAAAUUUCCUGUAGGAUAUUUUUUCUGAAUGAAAUAAGCACUCCAAAUACUAAUACCAUUGAUUCUAAGACCUACAAAUAAAUGUACUAGUCAUUCUUUAGAGCAGUGUUUCUCAAAUUUGUGCAUCAGAAUCACUGGGAGGGCUUGUUAAAACAUAGGUGCCUGGGCCCCACCACAGGAGUUUCAGUAGAUCAGGGGUAUCCUAUGCACUGUAGGCCUGAUAAUUUGUAUCUCAAGGUUUCCAGGGGAUGUUGAUGCUGCUGGUCCAAUGUCCAUACUCUGUGAACCACUGCUUUAGAGAAGAGCCCAGGGUUAGUUAACCUGAGGGUUUAUCACACUUUUCCCCAUUAGAGGCCAUGCCCAGAAACUUGAGAUGCAACUUCCCUGGGUAGCCCUGCCUUUCUUUUCCCUGUAUCUCCCAGCCAGGUACCUGGAGCUGCAUCUGUGAUGAUUGCCAGGCUGGCAGCACCUUAGACUCAAAACAUACCCCAUUCCUGAGCACAGAUGAAGGCUGCUAGCAGGGCAAGGCACCAAUCCCUCUUCCCCCAUUUAUCAGCCAGUAGGGGCCUGAGGUCCAGGCCCUUGGAAAUGAAGUAACAUCUAAAGAAGAUGCAUAUCCUAGCUCCUCAGAACACCUGUAUCAGAAUCACCUACGGGGUUUAGAGUCAUGAACCCACCCUCAUAAUUCUGUCAGCCAGGGGAUCUGCAUUUUAUGAAGCUCUUGACAUCAGUGGUUCUCAAAGUGUGGUCCUGGGACCAGCAUCAUCAUCACCACCGGCGAACCCGUUAGAGAUACAAAUUCUUGGGCACUUCCCCAGACAUAAUUCGAAACGCUGGGGUUGAGACCUCGUCACUUGUAUUUUAACACGCCCUCUAUGUGAAUUCUGUUAGCUCAAGUUUGAGAAUUACUGGUUUAAAUUAGUCUGCUUCUCAAGUGUAAGAUGUCUGCAUGUAGACUUCUGGAUUUUUCUUUCACUUUUGCACGUUCUAGAUUCCUUUCCUACCUGUAUAUACCAAAAGCACCCACAAGAAGCAAAGCGCCCCCCCCCCACCGCCACCACUCCCCAAAAGGCCUGCCUGUAGAACAUUUGUACCCUACAAAGGAGAGCAAGAGUGAACUUUCGUUGAAUCUGGUCAUUUGUUUGCAUGCCAGUCUCGCUUUAUCUAGCCGGAUAGUGGUCCCUGAGAGGUCGACCUGGCACUCUCGGAAACCCGAAGACCCCGGCCGGUAACCUCCGGAGGGGCGGUGUCGUGGGCCGGUUUUGCAGCGGGUACUGGGCUGGCGUCCCGCCCCGGGCUCCUGCGUAAACACGCGGUUCCCUCGGCAACGCUGGAACCCACGUCAAAGGCUCCGCCAGGUCCCCAGCGACCGCCACCCCUCUGGCCGAGCCCAGCUCCCCGCGGCGGCCGCUAGCCCCCGGCCCCGAGCCACCCCUCCGACCUAGCGGCCGCCGCCCCCGGUGCGGGAUGAGCAGAUCCGCGGCCGCCACUGGGCCCCAUGGAGGAGCCGCCGCCGCCGCUGCCGGCCCGCCCACCAGCGAGCAUGGCCUUACUGGGCAGCCCACACCCCGGCGCCCCCUCCGCGGCCGGCCCGCCUGGCGGGACUUCCUCCGCGGCCACCGCGGCCGUGCUCUCCUUCAGCACCGUGGCGACCGCAGUGGUCGCGGCGCUGGGGAACCUGAGCGACGCAAUUGGAGGCGGCACAGCUGCCGCUACCGGUGGCGGCGGCCUUGGCGGGUCCGGGGCAGCGCGGGAGGCGGGGGCGGCGGUGAGGCCGCCGCUGGGCCCGGAGGCGGCGCCGCUGCUGUUGCACGGAGCUGCGGUGGCGGCCCAGGCGCUCGUCCUCCUGCUCAUCUUCCUGCUGUCUAGCCUGGGCAACUGCGCGGUGAUGGGGGUGAUUGUGAAGCACCGGCAGCUCCGCACCGUCACCAACGCUUUCAUCCUGUCGCUGUCCCUAUCGGAUCUGCUCACGGCGCUGCUCUGCCUGCCCGCCGCCUUCCUAGACCUCUUCACGCCGCCCGGGGGCUCGGCGCCUGCCGCUGCCGCGGGGCCCUGGCGCGGCUUCUGCGCCGCUAGCCGCUUCUUCAGCUCGUGCUUCGGUAUCGUGUCCACGCUCAGCGUGGCGCUCAUCUCCUUGGACCGCUACUGCGCCAUCGUGCGGCCGCCGCGGGAGAAGAUCGGCCGCCGCCGCGCGCUGCAGCUGCUGGCGGGCGCCUGGCUGACUGCCCUGGGCUUCUCCUUGCCCUGGGAGCUGCUCGGGGCGCCCCGGGAACUCGCGGCGGCGCAAAGCUUCCACGGCUGCCUCUACCGGACCUCCCCGGACCCCGCGCAGCUGGGCGCGGCCUUCAGCGUGGGGCUGGUGGUGGCCUGCUACCUGCUGCCCUUCCUGCUCAUGUGCUUCUGCCACUACCACAUCUGCAAGACGGUGCGCCUGUCGGACGUGCGCGUGCGGCCGGUGAACACCUACGCGCGAGUGCUGCGCUUCUUCAGCGAGGUGCGCACGGCCACCACCGUGCUCAUCAUGAUCGUCUUCGUCAUCUGCUGCUGGGGGCCCUACUGCUUCCUGGUGCUGCUGGCCGCCGCCCGGCAGGCCCAGACAGUGCAGGUCUCCUCGCUCCUCAACGUGGUGGCCGUCUGGCUGACCUGGGCCAAUGGGGCCAUCAACCCUGUCAUCUACGCCAUUCGCAAUCCCAACAUUUCGAUGCUCCUAGGGCGCAACCGGGAGGAGGGCUACCGGACUAGGAAUGUGGACGCUUUCCUGCCCAGCCAGGGCCCGGGUCUGCAAGCCAGAAGCCGCAAUCGCCUUCGAAACCGCUAUGCCAACCGGCUGGGGGCCUGCAGCAGGAUGUCCUCUUCCAACCUGGCCAGUGGAGUGGGAGGGGACGUGGCCAUGUGGGCCCGCAAAAAUCCAGUUGUACUUUUCUGCCGAGAGGGACCACCAGAGCCUGUGACGGCAGCGACCAAACAGCCUAAAUCCGAAGCUGGGGAUACCAGCCUCUAAGAAAGGUUGGGAUGGCCAGCUUAUGAAGGCAAAUUUCCACUCGCAUUAUUUAAUGAUGGAAGAUUCUGGGGGAGAGUCGUGGAUUUCAUAAAGCCAAACAUUUAAAGCUACAGACGGGGGAGGCUUACCAUUUUCCCCAAACAACAUAAAAGACAAUGUCCCUUCUUCAAAAGUGCCAAAAGGACUGUAAAAUGCAAAAAUUAAAACAAUCUUAAACCACAUAACCAAGCAUUGUGAACUGUAAGUGCCAAAAAUGACAAAAAUAACAUUCACUAUAACUGAAAAGCUCAUAUUAUAGGACCACACUGUGAAACAAACAAAACAUUGAAUGCAACUAGUAUUGUUCAACUACACAGAAUUUCAGGAAUGAAUGGAGACCCUCAGAGCUGCUUGAAAGCCCCUCUAAAUCGCUGGCAUCCAACAAAACUUUAGCUUCUAGAGCUUGCACCUCUGACAUGCUUUGGGUGCUUAGAUUGCAAGUGGAAAAGUCUUAUCCUUACACACAUUGGUGCACUUCCUCACCCCACCCCUUAAUAACCUUUGUGGAAAAUUUUUAAUUCAUAACGCGUUUAAAAUCAUUUUAGGAUUUUGAAAAGGUGGUUAUUAUUAGAUAAAAUUCAACCAUCUGAAGGACAAAUAGAAGUAUGAACAUAAAGAAAGGUGUGUUUUAAAUGUUUUCCAAGAUUAUAUGUAAAAAUUAACAUUCCUUCCACCUGCGUCAUACUCCCAAAAUGAUCUUCCUUGGAAAACUUUGAAGCUUUAUCCUUACUCUAACCUGUUACUUUUAUUUCUGAUAAAUUUUGGAAUGCUGCUCUCAGAAUGCUUUCACAUUUAAAAAAAUAUUUUCAUUGUAGAAAAUCUUUGUCUUUUGAGGUAAAUUUGAUUUUUGGGUAUAGCCAAAAAUGUAAUUUGAAGUCAAGUUGAUUGAAUAAGGCGAGUGAUGCCACUUUAUUUAAAUUAUUAUUAUUUUUUAAAAUGAGACCGCUAUAAAACAACAAGGUUGGGUUUCCUAUGUGGCUUAUAGCUAACUGAAAACGAUUCUUAAGAGAAAUUCUAAAGCUAUUUUGAGAAGCAGCCGCUUGGAAUUAGCAUAGACUUUUCCAGGAAGAUCAUACUCUCCUACAUUUAGAAAUUUGGUAUAUUUUGUGUUUUUUAAAAUAGCUGAUGGUUGCUUUAUAGCUAUGACUUGUGGAAGAUAAAGUAGUAUUUAUUAAAGGAAGAGUAGUUGUGGGACUAUAUGUAACAGGGUAUUAAAACACAGGCAUAAAGUUGGAGAAGAACUUUAAGCAAACUGAAAAUAUCUUUAGAAAUAUGCAAAUCAAAGAUGCUUUUUAAAUUUCUAUCUUAGCAGAAAAGAUGGUUUUACAAUAAUUCAGAAGCGUCAUUCAGGAUUUGUGUAUGUGAACUUUCUAAUGUUAAAUACGACUAUACACAGAAUCAUUCACUCAGAAUUUUUUUAAAUGUUAUUUUCCCCCUCUUUCUUUCCCUCCAUCCUGCCCCUCUUUUCUUCAGUAUUUCAUAGCCUUAAUUGAACAAGUUAUUUACAGUAGAUAUGAAAAGACAUUAGCUGUCGUAUGAAGAUUUCAAUGUGAAAAGCCAGCAUUUUCUUCCUGUAAAGUAUUUAAAUAUGUUUUUAAGUAUUUCUUUGUUUGAUAGGUGGGUACAUGUCAUUAUUUUGUAAUCAAAGGUGGAAAUAUAUGAUUCAUGUCAGAGCUAAAGAUGUUUUAAUUUUUCCUGCUUCUCAGGGUAUCAUCACAAAUCAGAAGUUUGUAAAUUGUGUAUAUUUUGCUACACUCAAUGUAGUACAAAGUAGAUGAGAUAAUCUCUCCCCUCUAGCCCUUAUUUUAUAAAGCAUAUACAGACUUCGUGCAGCUGGAUUAACAAAAACAGGUAUCUGCGAUAUUUGCCUGUUAAAGGCAAAAAAUUGUGUAUUUUUUGGUACCGAGUCACUUUUGGGAUUUAGAGAGAAAUGAUAAAGUUUUCCAAUUAUAAAAGACAUCAUAGAAUAGGAAGUACAGUUGUGAAUAAAGGGCAGAGAGUUAGAGAUCUUAGAGUAAGGAGGUGAGCGUGUUGCAAAAUAGUGUGUUGCCUGAGAAGAAGAAUUGAAGGAAGGCAUUGAAAAAUAAACAUGAUAAAGAAUAAACCUACCUGGUGAGUGAAGGGAAAAUCUGAGAGAUUGGAAGUGACAAGGUGAUGGCAUGAAGGACUUUAAGGAAGAAAAGGAAUUCCAGCCCCAUCUUUUCGGUGGCAGGAAGUUUUAGGAAAGGCAUGGCUUGUGAAAGAGACCAUUCUGUUAGUGGCUCUGAGAGUCAUGGUAGGCAAGAAUUGGAGGGGAAAAAGAGAAAAUUGUUCAUAAAUUACUGAACAACUUACAAUGCUCUAAAUUGUUUGUUUUUAAUCCAAGGCUAUCCAACUAUUUAGUGGUAGAACUAGGAUUUGAACUGCAGUCUGUUUGGCCUCAGAACCCCAUGUUUGUUUCUCUCUAUCCUCACAGAAGUCUACAGGUAAGGAAAUCAAGAAUGAUCAGUUAGGGUACUGUCAUCAUUAUCAUCAUCGUGAUCAUCAUCUACCAUUUUUGUUUUCUACUUUAUAUAAGGGCAACUUCCUGGGAGCUAAGGCUACUAAAAGGUAAAAGCCACAGUACUCAUCUGCAGAGGGCUUACAGCCUCAGCAAGGACCUUGUGGCUUUGUAACAACAGUCAGCCAUAACAAGUUUACUCGUGGAGAAGAAAAGGUGUAGCACUUUCAGAAGAGGCUAUCAAAGAAAAGAGAUGAACUUGGAAGCAAGAGAUGAUACGCAGGUAUAAGUCAGCCACCCAUUUGACCCAGCAUAAAUACUUAGACAAUCAAUACCUCAAAAGGUGAAGAAAGAAUGAUUCUCAAAAUACUCUAAGACUUCAACCUUUCCUUGUGCUUACUAUGAGUAUGCAAUUAUAGUGACUUCGUGGGAAAAGGAGUAAGAAAAGCUAUGAAAUAUUGGAAUGGAUUAAAUAUUGAGCACUAUGUAAA